GUUUGAUGGGCAGUCAGAGGAUAUAGGCCACGUAACCAAGGGCGACAGAUUAUCAGGAAGUCAGAGGAAAGAAUACCCUGAUGGCCAAAGUAGCUCCAUCAGCCUCACCUCCCAGCUCCAGGUUAACUCUGCCCACCAUUGUUCAAGAAGGCAUGGAGGAGGAGUCAGGUGAAGUGAGGGACGGGGACAGAGCUGCUCAAAGAAUCGGACCAGGAAUUCUGUUUAACGUCAACAACAGCAACAACAACGAGGACGAGGAGGAGAAGAAGAAAAAGAAGAAAGAGAAGAAAGAGAGAAAAGAGAAGAGGCAGAAGGAGAAGCAGGAGAAAAAGGAGAGGAAGGAGAAGAAACAGAAGGAGAAAGAAGAAAAGGAGAAAGAAAAGGAGAAGGAGAAGAAAGAUGAGCCUCCGAAGGAGAUCUCAGCGGUCGACCCGGCAAGUAACUCCUACUACUACUGGCUGGCUAUCAUCACCAUCCCCGUCAUGUACAACUGGACCCUGAUCAUAGCCAGGGCGUGUUUCGAGGAGCUGCAGACUGACUAUGUGGUCUACUGGUUCAUCCUGGACUUUGUCUCUGACAGCGUUUACGUUGCUGACAUGAUCUUCAGAACCAGAACCAGUUACCUGGAGCAGGGUCUUCUGGUGAAGGACGAGCAGAAGCUACGUGAGCGCUACAUGAAAAGCUUCCAGUUCAAACUGGACCUGAUCUCCAUGAUUCCCACCGACUUGCUGUACCUCGUCUUCGGCCUCAAGUACCCCGAGAUCCGCCUCAACAAACUCUUCAGAUUCAACAGGAUGUUGGAGUUCUUCCAGAGGACAGAAACCAGGACUAACUACCCCAACGCUCUCCGUAUCUCCAACCUUGUCAUGUACAUUGUCAUCAUCAUCCACUGGAACGCCUGCCUUUACUUCUCUUUCUCCAAAGCCGUCGGUUUUGGUUCUGACAGGUUCGUGUAUCCUGACCCGUCAGAUCCAGAGUUUGGUCGUCUGGUGAGGAAGUACGCCUACAGUAUGUACUGGUCCACGCUGACGCUCACCACCAUUGGAGAAACUCCGCCCCCCGUGGAGAACUCUGAGUACUUCUUCGUUGUCACUGACUUCCUGGUUGGCGUGUUGAUCUUUGCCACCAUCGUCGGUAACGUUGGUUCGAUGAUCACCAACAUGAACGCUGCCAGAGCCGACUUCCAGGCUCGCAUCGACGCCAUCAAACAGUACAUGAGCUUCCGAAAGGUAACUAAGGACCUGGAGAAGAGGGUGAUCAAGUGGUUUGACUUCCUGUGGACCAAUAAGAAAGCAGUGGAUGAGAGGGAGGUGUUGAAGUAUCUGCCUGACAAGCUGAGAGCUGAGAUCGCCAUCAACGUCCACCUGGACACCCUCAAGAAGGUUCGUAUCUUUGCGGACUGCGAGGCCGGUCUGUUGGUGGAGCUCGUGUUGAAGCUGCAGCCUCAGGUCUACAGUCCAGGAGACUACAUCUGUAAGAAGGGCGACAUUGGCAGAGAGAUGUACAUCAUCAAGGAGGGGAAACUUGCCGUUGUCGCAGAUGAUGGUAUCAAGCAGUUUGUGGUCCUGAGUGAUGGAAGCUACUUUGGUGAGAUCAGCAUCCUGGCUAUAAAAGGCAGUAAGGCGGGAAACAGAAGGACCGCCAACAUCAGGAGCAUCGGUUACUCCGACCUCUUCUGUCUUUCCAAAGACGACCUGAUGGAGGCGUUAACAGAGUAUCCUGAUGCUAAAGCUCUGCUGGAGGAGAAGGGAAGGCAGAUCCUGAUGAAGGACGGACUGUUGGACCUGGAGGUGGCAGCGCAGGGCCCCGACCCCAAAGAGAUCGAGGAGAAGGUGGAUCGGAUGACGAGCACGCUGGACGUCCUGCAGACUCGUUACGCUCGGCUGCUGGCCGAACACGAGGCCACUCACAGCAAACUCAAACACAGAGUCACGAAGUUGGAGAAGAAGGUGGUGCCACCACCACCUCCAACACCUGAGACCUAGACAACUAAAGAAGAAGAGAAGAAGUAGAAUGACAGUCAAGUGGAGUCAGAGGUGAAGGACCGGGACGUUUGAGUUUAGAGUCCGACAAACUGAAUUAGAUGAAGUUAAAAUGUUAGAAAAAAUCUGUUUUUAAAAAAUGCUUCAAGUCCUUUUAAUUCAGAUCACGUCCGUGUGGAGCAUGAAGAGAAAACAAGCACCACUUCAAGUUCACUUCCAUUCACUUCACGUCACUUUAUGUUAUUUUAUGUCACUUAAACUCACUUCAUGCCAAGACUCUUCAGUUCACUUCAUGUCACUUCAGUUCACUUCAUGUCACUUCAGUUCACUUCAUGUCGCGACACUUUACUUCAGUUUACUUUGUUUUUCAUGUGGAGAGUUGUUGAAGUUGGCUCUGUCCACAUCAUGUUUACACUGUGAAGAAAAUGAAGUGGACUGACUCCAGAUUGAACUGACAAACUGCGUCAGCAGAGAGGACGGUGGGCUUCAGGCAGAGAGUUAAAAGAAGUUCAGAUCUUUCGUUCACUUUUUGCUGACAGACUGGGACCUCGCUUCACUUCCUAGAUCACCUGCUUUAGAGCCAGUAGAGGUCAGAGGUCAGCAGGUAUGAAGGUUUUGCCUUUUUCUUCCUGUUUGUUUCAUUUUACUGUCAGCCAAUCACGUCCCUGCUUUGUGUAAAUAGU